AUGGCGGAGGGGACUGUUGCAACGCCUUUAACGGGCGAAAAUCUCGUUCCGCAAGGCGUUCGCGACGAGACGGCACUACCACAAACACCACAAACAGCACUACACCGUGAUUCCGCUGAAGCAGCGGAUACGCCAAAUACUGCGCAGAUCAAAAAUUGGAUCCGUAUCACUCUACGAUCCGGGAUUACGCGGAUGGAGCAACUCGUAAAGCUGGCGGACCUGAUGGUACGCCAGCUACGCAACCACCCCAACGAUCAGCUGAAUGGACUCCUGAGCCAAGGAUUCGCGCAGCAGGUCAAGAUCUUUGCCAUCUCGCAAGGCGAGAGUACGGAAGCGAUCACUCAAUUCAAGGGGCUGCUUGAAAAGGUCCACGAGGAUAUUACCGCGAUUCGUACAACGACUACGCAGAUAUCACAAUCGAGCAAUGGAUCGGGAACGUCCACAUCUGACUCCGCAAUGCUCUGGAAAAUGGUGCAAACGCAGGCCUGGCAGACCGCAAUCCGCAGUGCGUCCACGCCUCAAUCCCAAAGCGCCGGCUCAUCCACCCCUGGAGUCAACCAUGCGGAGCUGGGCAUGGAUUGCGAAAUCGUGGUCAAGAUUCGCGACGAUUCGGAGCGCGCACUCGUAAAAAGACUCCAACCCAAGGACAUCGUGAUCCGUGCCGAGAAAGCGAGGGCUCACGCAGCGAAGAGCACUCCAAGCCUCGCUCUCGCUGGCCACGGAUUCACCGCCGCACGUCAACUCCCAUCGGGUGAUAUCAGCCUCCGCGCGAGCCAUGCCGCCGGAGCCGAGGUCCUUCGCAAGCAUUGCACGGGUUGGGUGCAGACCUUUGAUUGA